AUGCCAGUACUAGAAAAUAUUGUUGGUUCGAAAGAAUCAGAACAUUUUACUAAACAAGAUAAUCCAUCAAUUGUUAUCGAUUAUUUACUUGCAACUUCAACCCAUGGAUUACGAAGUGUUGGUCGUGCAUAUUCCAAACGUAAUCGUAUGUUUUGGCUUCUAAUAUUUACAAUAGCUACAGGUCUUAUGUUCUAUUUUGUUAUAUCGGCUAUUCUUCAAUAUUUUGCUUAUCCAACACAGACAAAAGUUGAUAUUAAUUUAGAUCUUUCAAUGGCAUUUCCUGCUGUUACUAUUUGUAGUGGAAAUCCAAAUCGAUAUGAUAAAACAAAUAUAUCACUUGUUAAUUUUUUCUAUCGAUUAAAUUCACCAAAUACAACAUUCAAUCAGAGCGAACUCGAUAAUUUGUUACUACCAUUAUACAUCGAUUUAUUUAAUCGUAACCAAAUUGAAGAAUGGCAAUCACUUGGUUUUAAAAUGAGUGAUAUGUUAUUAUCAUGUGCCUAUAAUGGCAUUGAUUGUUCAAAUGCAUUUAUUCCUUCUAUAUCGUCUGCACUUGGAAAUUGUUAUACGUUUAACUGGAAGACAUCAACAGAUUUUGUUACCUUAACCAAUAUCAGUAGCACUUUUGUGUUGAAAGAAGGUCUUGGGAUGUCAUUUUAUAUACCUACCGAAAUCUAUUUUCCUGCAACAUGGGCGGACGCCGGUCUCGUUGUAUUAUUACAUGAUAAUGAUGAACUUCCACUACCUAAUGAGAAUGGUCUCUAUCUUAAACCUGGUGCAUCUCAUUUAAUAGUCUAUCGUAAAAGUGUAACAACAUUUCUGCCACAUCCUUAUACUCAAUGUACGUCUGAAGUAGCUGAUGAUAUGCGUUCUCUUUAUCAAACAACAUUUAUUAAUCAAACAGCAUCAACUGCUGUUGCGUAUUCAGAAUCAGUGUGUCGUAUAUUAUGCGAACAAGCUUAUAUCUAUUCGCAAUGUUCAUGUAUUAUUCCUGUACCAUUUUUCUUGCGAAAAGUAUACACACUUGAUAACAAUCUGAUCAAUGCAAAUACUUGUAGUAUGCUUACAAAUGAAGCUGCAUGUGCAUUCACUGCCCAACAAAAAUUCAGUGCUAGCAAUCAUUUGCAAGAUUUGUGGUGUGUUCGUUGUAAUCCUCAAUGUACACACACAUAUUUUGAUGCUGUUCCAAGUGCACAAGGGGCUCCAUCAGAAGCAGAUAUGGAGUUUUGGGCUGAAGCAUUAGUAAACGGAAGUAAUAUUACUAAUACGACUAGUACAUUGCUUCCUAAUGAUUUCGCUCAACGUUUCGACUAUUAUUUUGAACGAAAUUAUUUAAAGUUGUUCAUAGCAUGUGGUAGUAAGUAUGUUACUGAAUAUAAACAAGAAGCUAAAACAAGUCUUAUUGAUACUUUUGCGGCGAUCGGAGGACAAACAGGAUUGUAA